UAUGUCUGUGGGAUCUCUUCUUCAGUGGACACCCCAGAUCCCUAUAUCGUUCUCCAAGUGCCUGGGACCCCAAAUGGAAAGAAAAAAACCGCUUAUUACAAGAACUGUGUCAAUCCCAUCUGGGAUGAGACCUUCAUCUUCUAUGUGGAUGCUUUUCAACAUGAAAGACAUCUGGAGGUGACAUUGAUGGAUGCCAACUACACCAAGAACUAUGUGAUAGAUACAGUGAUGAUUCCCCUGAGUUCCUUGGUUUCUCAUCAGGUCACUCACCUCGAGCUCGUUUUCAAAAAGAAGUCGGUGGUGAAUAUAGAAGUGCUUCUGAUACCUGAGGUGAAUCCUGAUCUUCGCUAUAGUCUUGCCCUUUGUGAUGAAGAAAAGAAUUUCCUGAAGAAUAGGAAGCAACAUGUUUUCACUGCUCUAAGGAAGCUGCUCGGGGAUGAUUUGGGGCCCCAUAAUAUCUCAGAAGUGCCAACCAUUGGUCUUCUUGGCUCAGGUGGAGGAUUCAGAGCCAUGACUUGCCUUAGUGGGUGUUUUAAGGGUCUUGCUGAUUCUGGCAUCCUUGAUUGCAUCUCUUAUGUUGCGGGCUUGUCGGGGUCUUCAUGGUACCUAUCGCAGUUAUAUGCUCACAGGGAUUUUCCAAAGAAAGGGCCUGGCGAAUUGGAAGGUGGCCUGAAGGAGCGGGUGGGAAGAAAUUGGAAGCGUCUUCUCACUGCUUCCAACCUUAUGCACUACACAAAUAUUGUGAUCCAGAAAGCUCGCAAGGGACAGCCUGUCUCAUUCACAGAUUUGUUUGGUCUUCUUCUCCAUGACAGCAUUCUUAGUCUGGAAACCCAUGAGAUGUAUUUGAGUGCCCAGAAACAGAAACUGGAGGAGGGCUGGUGUCCUCUUCCUUUGUACACCUGCCUCCAUGUGAAGAAGAAUGUGUCAGAACGUGUCUUUCAAGAGUGGGUGGAAUUCUCCCCAUAUGAGAUUGGAAUUGCGAAGUAUGGGGUGUUCAUGAAGAGCCAUCUCUUUGGAUCCAAAUUCUUUAUGGGGAAAAUCAUUCAGGAAUUCCCUGAACUACCUCUUCACUAUCUCCAAGGUAUAUGGGGCAGUGCUUUCACGAUCCUCUUCAAGCGGCUUAUUCAAGAGCGAGGGAGAAAAGAUGUGGCUGAGAUGCUACGGGAUCAGGCACAAGAAGAGGCUUCUUGCCUAGCUGAGGAAGAUCAAGUUUUCAGGAAUGAAUUUGAAGAUACACUGGUGUCAGACAAGAUAAGUGAUGAGAGUGAAACAUCAGAGGAUGAAACUGAGGAAUUGAGGAAAGGAGAGGAAAGUGCAGUGCAGAAACAAGUCAAAGUGGAUGGGAAGGAAUUCAAUGGGAACGCAGAAGGACCUGUUCCAGGUUUCUUUGAGAAUCUUCGCGUUAAGAGUCAUCAAUUCCUUGUUGCCCUUAGCACAAAGAAGAAGGGAAAUACUGAGUCCACUCUGGCAUGUUUUGUGGAGAAAACACAAGGAGUGCUAGACCUCUCCAAUGAGAACAUUUCUCCCUCUCCUUCCUCUGUGUCUUUACCUAUUGUUGACACUAAUGCUGCUGAUGUGGCGAUUCCUGUGAGCCACUCCCAGCCCAAGGGCUUAGAUAAAAUCAGGAGGAAGGUGCAGAAUAAAAAGAAAAAGACAGAUGAGAAGGCACAUAGGAGCAUUUGGCAAGGCAUAACCGAUCGUCUGUUGAGCAGCCCUCUUUUUGACACUCGGGCAGGACGUGCAGGUCUUGUCUACAAUCCCUUGAGGGGUCUAAUAUUGAAUCAAAAGUACCCCAUCUCCCCCUUUGCUCCUGUCACAAAUCCUGAGGAUGAAACGGAUGACUUCAAGGAGAUACAUGAGGUGAUGCAGACAGAGAGAAAGACACUAUACCUAGUGGAUGGAGGGCUGACCUUCAAUUCCCCAUAUCCACUUCUCCUUCGACCUCAGAGAGGAGUCCGCAUCUUUCUCUCCUUUGACUUCAGUGGUCGACCCUCUGAUGACACUCCUCCAUUCAAGGUGAGAAAGCUCAUGAGAAUCACAUCAAGGUGCAGCAGACAUAUUUUUGAAAAUUAGUUUUCUACACAGCAAGAAGUAGCUUUGUAGAUAUCUUUCUGAAAUAAAUCUGACAAGAACGGAGCAUCUGACCUGAUGUGGCUCUACUGUAAGUUUUGCAUUCACAAUUUCCUCAUGGAAAACUAUAAUUGACUGGAAGAGUGUAGGCUUCAGUCACUCUAAGUUAGCAUCCAGACAUCAAGGAUAAUUUUAUUUGAUUUUUUAAUUGGUUUCAGGAGCUGCUGUUAGCUGAAAAAUGGGCUCAACUCAAUAGGAUCCCAUUCCCUCCAGUCACUAAGCAAGUGAAAGAAUAUGUCAAGGAACAUAUUCGUGAAUGCUAUGUAUUCAAGGACCCUGAAGAUCCUGCUGUGCCCACCAUCCUGCAUUUUGUUCUUAUCAACAAUUGCUUCCGUUCUUUCUUGGCACCAGGUGUGUUUCGAACAACAGAAGAGGAACGGAAUUUUGCAGACUUCUCUUUGUUCAGUGAUCCUGAGAAUCCAUAUUCUCUAUUCAACUUCUCCUACACACCAUUGCAGUUUGAUAGACUUUCAAAGCUCAUGGAAUUUAACACACUCUUGAAUGUGGAGACAAUCAAGGCAGAGAUAGCAGCUGAGAUCCAACGCCUACGAGGAAAGGAAAAGACUCCCUUUGUCCGCCUGUUCUCAGAGAAGGACAUCUCACGGCUGAAGGAAGUUUAUGGAGAUGCUGCAAAUUUGGAAAAACUCCGUGAGUACGCCAAGCAAAUGCAAGAUGCCAAAUUUAAUGAUAGCCUGAACUAAUGAAAUGCCUAGUUACCCUAUGCACAGCGUCAGUAUGUUUUCUUGACCUCUGUUUGUUACAUUGUUGAAAUUUAUUAUUGUUCUCUUUGCCAUACAUGGUCUUGUUGCUAAAACUCAUUUUAGUUUUGCAAUUCCUUUGAAAUUGUUUCAUCAUCCUUGUUUUCAGUUACAGCAAUGUGGACUUACGUUCUACAUAUUGCCUUGCAGUUUAAUUGAUGGUGUGUGCAUAAUUCAUUGGCUGGAAUGGCUGGAAAUUCAUUAUUUGAUAAUGAUAUGUGUUGUUGAGGGUAAAGGCUACCCUUUGUAAUGCUGAAUUGCAUCCUUUCUUUCCAUAUUAUGAGGUCUAUGCAAACAACAGUUUCAAGUGUUCCAAGUGUUAGUGCCACAUUUUUGCCAUUCGUUUACCAGUACCUGAUGUGCCAUUGACAGUUUGCUCAUGUGUGAUGGUUGACUUUUCCAUGAUGUGUAAGGCUGUUGACUUAGUGACUCUGUAAAAGCACAACUCCUUUCUUAUUGUCUUUCACUUGCUCAGAAGAUGACUACUGGUAUAGUACUUUAACUCCAAAUUUUUUCAAAUGUGUCUACUGUGUCGUCAAAUGUGUCUACUCUUGUUGAGAAUCUGAGUACAUACAGGUCUUUUCUUUUAUUUUAAGCCAAUGGAGUCAGUUUAUAUGAGACUUAGUUCAUCAGUUCCCUCCCCUUUUCAGAGGCAUUGCUUGUAUCACCAGAGGCUAUUAUUUUGUACUUCCUAAUGCCUUUUAAGAAAUGCGAAUAAAUUUUUGUUAUGAAACCAGAUCAGUGGCCUUGACAGCUCC